AUGGGUUCUCACGGCGUUUCUCCCCAACCUCACGUCCCUUCAGCAGGAGUCUGGUGCCCCGCGGUCACUUUUUUCCACCGUGACACCGACUCACUAGACCUCGACUCUCAAUCCAAGUACUUUUCCUAUCUAUCCACAACCGGACUAGCAGGCCUAGUAAUCCUAGGAACCAACUCAGAGGCCUUCCUCCUCACCCGCGAAGAGCGAUCCCAGCUCAUCUCAACUGCACGAGCCGCCGUUGGACCCGAUUUCCCAUUGAUGGCCGGUGUGGGCGCACACUCAACCAAGCAGACCCUAGAGCUCGCACAAGAUGCCGCCGACGCGGGCGCCAACUACCUCCUCGUCCUUCCUCCCGCAUAUUUCGGCAAAGCCACCAACAUGAACGUAGUGAAGCGCUUCUUUUCCGAAGUCGCAGCCAAGGCACCUCUCCCCGUGGUGAUAUACAAUUUCCCCGGUGUGUGCAACGGGGUAGACAUGGACUCCGAUACCAUUACCGCGAUCGCACGCGAGUCCGCAGCCAGUGGACGGUCGAAUGUGGUGGGAGUCAAGUUGACCUGUGGAUCUGUGGGGAAGAUCACCCGGCUAGCUGCAGCGUUUACACCCGAGGAGUUUGCGACUUUUGGUGGGCAGUCCGAUUUCCUGAUUGGUGGAUUGGCUGCGGGGAGCGUUGGGUGUAUUGCGGCUUUCGCCAACGUCUUUCCUAAAGUGACGGCACGAAUCUACGCUUUGUAUCAGAAGGGUCAGAUUGAGGAGGCUGUGGUGCUUCAAAGAAAGGCCGCGUUAGCCGAAAGUGCCAUUAAAAGCGGUAUUGCGUCAACUAAGCAUGCGGUGGCUUGCUACUCUGCCAAGUUGGCAGGGAUCCAGGAUGCAGCAGCGAACUUGGCUCCUCGACACCCUUACGAAGAGGUGGGAGAGGGGGCUAAAGUCGCGGUCCGAGAGGUGAUGGCUGAGGUUUCUGAGAUUGAGAAGAGUCUGUAA